GGGGUGCAGUUUCAUCUCGGUUAAUUUCUCUCUAAUGUCUUUCUCUCUUGCUCUAACAUUACUUUACAAUUUCAGCCUCCGAUUUGGUAUAGCCUAUUGCGAUAUUUCCAUUCUCAGUUGUGACAAAUUAUUAUAGUCAGCCUGCAUAGACUUCAGAACGUCCUUACCAUAUUAUCUUUAAAUGUAGCCUUCAACUAUUCCAGUGUGAUCCAAUACGUGGUAUUGAAGCACUACUCCAUAUGUAUUAAUAAUUCAAUUGUAUCAAUAAUUUAGCAUCCUCAUUAUCGUUUCGGAUAGUGACCCACCGAGCCCUCAGCCAGCGCAGUUAAUGAUACCCAAACUCCGUGUCCCUUGGGACCUCAUCAUGCGCAAGCUCUCACCGCUAAGCCCAGGGCACAUCAGCGCCGCACAACCAGAUUUUCUCACUCCCGGUCCUGUCCGUCCCCGGCGGUGUGGAUUUCUAUGAAGACGGCAUUACUCAUUGAAUCAGAUGUAGCCUAACUCAGACUGAAGUUUAAAACCGAAACAAAAUGGGUUCAAUACAUACCAACCUCCUCCUCGCGUUUCUACUCAGCGUUUUGAACAGCUGUUUUUCUAUCGACGUUCCCUCCUUCAUCCUUCCGUUCACCGACUGCAUCCAGAGCCGCGGAAGAGACGGCUUCUAUCAGGGAGCGAUAGACGUCACCGAGUCCGGUGGACGGUGCAUGAACUGGAGCGAGGUGUCCGGAUUUAAUGAGAGGUACCCGGGUAAAGGAAUAGGAGACCACAAUCACUGUCGGAACCCGGACGGGAGGAUCCGGCCAUGGUGUUUCUUUAGAAAUAGCCGAGGCAGAGUGGACUGGGGUUACUGCGACUGCAAACAAGGGUCAGUGCGUCUGCAGGGCGGACGGUCCAAGCUGGAGGGCAGGGUGGAGGUCUACCUGGGUGGGGUCUGGGGGUCUGUGUGUGGAGACGACUGGGGAGACGAGGACGCUACUGUGGUCUGCAGACAACUGGGGCAGGGGUUCACUGGGCGGGCCCGUACCGCCCCCCUCUCUCGUCUGGGUGUGGCCAGGCUCCACUGGAAGGCGGUCCACUGCGAGGGGGCGGAGUUCGACCUGAUGCAGUGUCCCAAGACGGCCUGGAACGGAGGGGAGUGUCCCCAGGCCGCUGCCCUCACCUGCACACCCCCGGAGGCUGCGACGGUGGUCCCUGUGCGGUUGGUCGGGGGGCGUUCAGGGUUGGAGGGCAGAGUUGAAGUGUUCCACGGGGGCCAGUGGGGGUCCGUCUGCGAUGACCAAUGGGACGACAGUGAUGCAGAGGUGGUCUGUAGACAGCUGGGGCUGGGGGGCGUGGCGAGGGCAUGGGGUCAUUUUGGCCAGGGGGUCGGCCGGGUGUGGCUGGACGAGGUGGGCUGCACGGGUAACGAGCUGUCUCUGGAGCAGUGUCCAAAGAACGACUGGGGCGAGCACAACUGUCAGCACAACGAGGACGCCGGCGUGUCCUGCACACCUCUCACUGAGGGGACGGUUAGGCUGGUGGGUGGGGAGGGCAGCUAUGAGGGCCGUCUGGAGAUCUUCUACCGAGGCCAGUGGGGGACAGUGUGUGACGACGGCUGGACGGACUCUAACACACAGGUGGCGUGUCGGCAGCUUGGGUUCAGGUCAGGUGAGACCAUCCUUUCAGAGGGAGCUGAGGUCACCCCAGUCCCCAGAUUCGGUGUGGGGUCAGGUCCCAUUCUAUUGGACGAUGUGAGCUGUACCGGAAAGGAGCCCAGCCUAUCACUGUGCAGCAGGAGGGAGUGGCUACGACAUGACUGCACACACCAGGAAGACGUGAAGAUAUCCUGUAGUCCAGAACGCAUCGGACAGGGCAUCCCUGCCAGUGUACCAGUGAGGCUGGUAGGGGGAGAGAGCCCCAGGGAGGGUCGUGUGGAGCUCUACCUGUCUGGCCAGUGGGGGACGGUGUGUGAUGACGGCUGGAACGACCGUGGAGCUGAGGUGGUGUGUCGACAACUCGGCUACAGCGGUGUGGCCAAGGCUCGCGUGAUGGCGUAUUUCGGCGAGGGGACAGGGCCCAUCCACGUGGACAACGUAAAGUGCAGCGGCGAGGAGCUCUCAUUGGCCGACUGCCUUAAGCAGACGCCAGGCACACACAACUGUCGCCACAGCGAGGAUGCAGGGGUUAUUUGUGACUACGGCCAAUCACAACCCGGAACCGUGGAGGGCAAAGAUCCUGUGGACUUAGUCUGUGGUCUGCGUCUCAUACACACUCGCCAACGCAGGAUCAUUGGAGGAGAGAACUCACUGAGGGGCGGCUGGCCCUGGCAGGCAGCAGUGCGUUUGCGGGGGUCUCGGGGAGACGGCAGGCUGGUGUGUGGAGCCACACUCAUCAGCUCCUGCUGGGUCCUAACCUCAGCACACUGCUUCAAGAGGUAUGGUAACAGCACCAAGCUGUACAAGGUGAGGCUGGGGGACUACCACUCUCUCGUCCCGGAGGAGCAUGAGGAGGAGUACGGCGUGGACGCCAUCCUGCCGCACCCCAGCUACUCGGCCCACGGCAACGACCAUGACCUGGCCUUGGUCCGGCUGGCGCCGGGGGCGGGGCAGAGGGGCCAGAGCCGGUGCGUGGCGUUCAGCCCCCACGUGCUGCCGGCCUGCCUGCCACUGAGGAAGGAGCGCGUGCUGAAGCAGGCCAGCAACUGUCACAUCACUGGCUGGGGGGACACAGGUCGUUCGUACUCUAAGACCCUCCAGCAGGCCCCCCUUUCCCUCCUACCCCGUCGCCAUUGCCAGCAGCGUUACCACGGCGCCUUCACCAGCCGCAUGCUCUGCGCCGGCAACGCCGACCAAUCAGAGCGCCGCGUGGACAGUUGCCGCGGUGACAGCGGUGGCCCGCUGGUUUGCGAGCGUCCCGGAGGGGGGUGGGUGGUCUACGGGGUCACAUCCUGGGGUCACGCAUGUCGGAUGCAACAUUCUCCGGGGGUCUACACCAAAGUCUCUACCUUCACGUCAUGGAUACGAAAGGUGAUUGGACAAGAUGGGGGCAAGGAGAGAGGGUAGCCAAUGGGAGAUGCUGAUGGAGUGAUUAAGAGAUGGGACGAUUGUAAAGAACGUUUCACUUGAUGUCAGCCAACAUAUAUGAUAAAAGAGAUACCGUUCAAUCACAGCAGGACUUAAGUGGGAUGUUGCAUUUUGAUUGGCUGAUGAAACGACUAACAAUGGGGAAUGACUUAUGGGACGAGGGAUUUUUUGUGUGGGUUUAGCACAAACCUCCUUCUCGUACUGUCUACACAGCUUAUCUAAUUAGCACUUCAGAGUAUUUAGGCAGUUACGCAUAACUCAGUUUGUAUUGACUAAUUCAAUUGAUCAGGGCUGAGCGUGUUUUGAAUACAAAGAGCUCAGGAGGAAAAGCUUUGUAUGUCUCAACCAACUUCUUAGGUCGAUCUGGUUGUAACCUGAAGCUGUCUGAGAGUUCAGCUAAGGAAAACUUUGAACGGCAUGACAGGGACGACCAAGGACAAUGUCACACACUCACAUGCACACGCACAAACAUACUUUAAAUAGUCAGAAAAGCAGAAAAGCAGUCACAAACGUGCUGGUGUACAUGGUGUGACAACUUCAAAACAAGUUAACACUUGACAAAAGUUUCAGACUUGCACUAAACAAAACCAUUUUUGAGAUAAACAUCAUAGCUUAGCUGUCCUAGCUAUUUAGCAUUUCAUUAUUUAGUCCUUCGGUAAGAAUGUCUUAACCUUUGUAUGAUCCUCCUUGUGUUAUUUAUACCUGCAUAGUACAAUGUAAUUUUGUAAAGGUUUGACAGUGAACAUGUCUAGAAUACAUGACUGCUUCCAGCAGCAUCAGACACUGCUGCAGUGUUACAAGGGUGCUAAGGACCCCUUGUUUGAAGAAUAGUACAUGAAUACACACGUGAGUUACGCAUGUUUCUGUCAACUAAUAAUGUAGAGAUCCUAAUUCCUACUUGAGUAUGAUUGUGCUUUUGACGGGGAAGGCGAUAUGACAAGUUUGUCAUAUCGCAGUGUCAGUAGACACUCAGCUACCUUCUAUUUAUCCGUUUACAGGAAAUAAAGGAAAUUACUGAAUGCUGAACUAGGAUAUUGUGAAAAUGUCUGGUUUAUUGUCAUGUGUUUAUACUUAAAAAAAGUUAUUCAAAACAUGACUAUCUUAACUGACCCCCAUCUCUUUGAAAUCAACCUUGCUGCUCUAACACUAAAAUGACUAACUGCUUAUGGUAGAAUGUCUGGGUAGAGCAGAGGUAAAGGUGUAAGGGCAAAGCCGACCCUGAGGAAAUGCUUCAAAUAACUAUUUUCCUAAAGUGGUAGUAUGUGUGUAUAUCUGUUUGUGUUUGUGUGUGUAAGAUAGUGAGAGUGUGUGUGUGUGUGUGUAUAUGUGUGUUCAGUUUCUGAGACAGUGUUCUGUCUUUCCCACGCAUCUUGGAGGUAAAUACCUAAUGUUAGUUAGAAUAUCAGUAGUCCCAGAUCUAAAAUUUAACACUAGCUUGUCAAACAAUGUCUACAGGAAUUGUAGACCUCUCUACCUCUCCAUCUCUCUCUAUCUUUCUCUCUCUCACACAUACAUAAACACGCAGAACACUUAGCAGAGGGGUGUCAAACAAUUCUAGGAGGAAUGGCAACCAUCUUCUUUGUUGUCUCUGUUUGCUGAACAGGCAGUUUAUGUUGACGUAGCAGGCAGGUUAAGCGCUGUGGUCAGGACAUGUACUAUGUACACACAAGCACAGAACAUAACAGUUGUAUUGAGCAUCACAGUGAGACAAAAUGCUAAGUAGAAUCGAAAAAAUAUGUAAAAUGUAGCUCCAUAAUACUUUGGUGAGGACAAUGUCAUAUAACUAUAACAUAACAAGUGACAAUGGAAAAAAAUAUUGCUAACGGUAUUUUGUUGUCUCUUGCAAUGACAAUAAAGUUGAAAAGAUUGAUUGGAUGUACUUCACAGAUACAAC